CCCAUAGACUUCUGAGUUUCUUGCCUAACAGCCGAAGCAACUUGAGAACCCCAUAUAUACAAGUACAACCACCGUCCUCCGUCGUCAACUUCAUUUUCGCUACAUCAUUCAAACAUUUAACCUCCAUAUUCACGUUGAAUAUUUUCUUAUCAGUUUUUACAUACUAUAAAUUGCCCCAAACUUCUUUCAGUUCAGGAUUGGCACAUUACAUGUUCGACGAAAUGCCUCAAUGAGUUUCAACAAAUUUUUGUAGUUUAUAUUAUUCACAUUUGCUUAAAGUUACAUCCUUUUUCAGGUUUUAAAUGAACAAGAUGAAACCCCAUAUUCCAAGUCCUUUCAAACCUUCAAAACUUAGUAUUUACGCCGUGCUGGUUUCAAAAGUAACCGCCUUUUUAAACAACACGUUGACUGUUAAACAAGUGAAGCAAGUUCACGCGUUGAUACUCGUAAAUGGACUUAAUCAUCUUGAGCCAUUAAUAAUCACCCAAAUUGUUAACACACCAUCGAAUCAUUAUAGAGCUAGUAUUCGUUACGUUAGAUCAGUCGUUAACCAUUCAAAAUACCCGAAUGUGGCUGCAAGAACGUCUUUCGUUAAGUUUUUGUACCAACGUGGAAAGUUUCAAGAAACGUUGAGUGAGUAUGCACGUAUGCGGGAAUUAGGGCUUUUGCCUUGUACGUUUACCAUAGUGUCUGCUAUAAAAGCGUGUACGAAGUUAGGGAAUCGGGUUUCUGGGGUUAUGAUACAUGGUCAUGUGCAUGGAUAUGGGUUAUGUGGGGAUGUUCAUGUGGGAAGUGCUCUCGUGGGAUUUUACUCGAAGUUUGAUGAUAUGGAGACUGUUAAGAGUGUGUGUGAUGAAAUAUCUGAAAGAAAUGCAGCGACCAGCGUGAUAAAGGAGUUCCUAGAUUCUGGGAAUUUGGCCAUGGCUGAACGAUUGUUUUCUGAUAUGGGAAGUAAGGAUAUUGCUUGUUGGGAUUCUAUGGUUUCAUGGUACACAAGAAGAGGAAAUAUGGAGAAGGCGAUAGCUGCAUUUGGACCUAUGCCAGCUAAAACUUCAGCUUCAUGGGCUGCGAUGAUUAGUGGUUAUGUAGAUUCCGGGAUAUUGGAAAUUGCCCGUAAUUUUUAUGAUGUGAUGCCUGAGCAAAAUGUUACAUCUUGUACCAAAAUGAUCAAUGGAUACUCCAAGCAUGGAGCUGUGGAGUCUGCACGUGAAAUAUUUGAUGAGAUGCGCGAGAAGGAUCAUUUGCUGUACAAUGCAAUGAUCACCUGUUAUGCUCAAAAUGGUCGGUCAAAAGAUGCACUAGAGCUAUUUGAAGAGAUGCUUCAACCUAAUGUGAACAUUCAACCGGACAGAAUGACAUUAUCUACUAUCAUAUCUGUUUGCGCUCAGUGGGGGAACUUGAAUUAUGGGUCUUGGAUCCACGAGACAUUAAUGAAGGAAAUGAGGAUGACAAUGGAUUAUAGCUUGAGUACUGCUUUAAUUGACUUAUAUACAAAGUGUGGACGUGUUGAUAAAGCUUUUGAGAUAUUUCGUGGCUUGGAAAAUAGAGAUGUGGAUGUGUAUACAACGAUGAUAUUGGCUUAUAGCAGGAACAGAUGUAAACACGAUGCUAUCAGAUUGUUUGAGGAGAUGCUGGAAGCUAAUAUCUGUCCAAAUCUCGUUACCUUUUCUGGUAUUUUGACAGUGUUGGACCAUGCAGGUAUAGUAGAAGAAAGUCACCAUGGCCACAAUAAUGCAAACCUUUUAUGCCAUUAGUGACCACUGAACCAUAAGUCCUUGAAAGGAGAAAGUUACCAAGGGGUUGAACCAACUAGCCCUUUAUCCCCUCCAAGACCAUUGAUUGAGCCAUUUGGUCUGGAUUGACAAAAAUGACCUUCGUGUGGAUCGGGCCAAGAAAGUUACCAUAGGUUGAGUUAUCCUAGUCCAUUAAAGUAUCCAAGGUCCUUGAGCCACUAGUUCCGUGCUGAAGAAAGCACUGGCAACUUCAGGUAUGGGAAUUUGAUCAAGACCAUCAGAGAUGGCUUCUAGUUUCUGAACUAGCAGAGGCAGAUAUAAGGGGGAUCUAAAUAUGUAACAAUUUUAGGCCAUAUGAGUUGGUAGCUUUUGCAACAUCCAAAGGAAUUUCAGUAUGGCAAAUGGUGUCGAACUCUGACACUAAUGGAAGGCUCUUUGUUAAGAAGGUUGUCACAACAGUGAGGUGUGGCAGAUGGAGUGGGAUAUGACUGAAAUGACACUAGCAACUACUGGAACUGAUAGGAUGAGUUUGGCAUGAACAAGCGGUAAU